CCGGAUGGGAGUGCUUCUUUUCCUACUUGCAAGUCACUGUCGACUUUUUCCUUUUGGACAAGGAGCCCAUGCAGAACAGAUAUGUAUCAGCCCUGGAUGUUUGCGACCAAAAACUGUCCGUUAACUCCGCUGCAGGCGGAGGCGGGCAUCUUUUGGGUCGAGAAGCGGGGCAAGUCGGAUAUAGGUAAUGAUUAGUGUCCGGCUGUCUAGUCUGGCACUGGGACGGACCCCGUUCAUGAGGUGGCAAUAUCAAUACGUGUAGUAUUUCCUAUACGUUUUAUAUAAAAACGGCCCCUACAUCAGGAAAGAGGGGUGGUUUCUUUAAAACCUCUGGCUCAAUCUAACACUUAAAAUAUCUGCACAUUAUCCGCUGGUCACACACAAACACAAGAAUACAUAUUCGGAAGCAUCUUAUUUUGUUUGGGCUUCAAAAAGAAAACGGAUAACAGAAACCAUGUCAGCGUCACAAAUCUUCAAGGCAGCCAACACUGCCGUGAUUACCGGCGGUGCGUCUGGUAUUGGCCUGGCGCUGACCAAGAAGUGUGCGGGGGCGGGCAUGAAAGUGCUCGCAGUGGACUGGAGCGAUGAAUACCUCGCUGCGCUACCAAAGAACGUGGGAAGUGAUCAGGUUUUCACAGUUAAGGCGGAUGUGUCAAAAUCAGAGGACUGGGAGGCCGUCAAGCAGGAGGUUGAAUCGAAACUAGGCGGCAAGAUCAACCUACUCGCACUGAACGCUGGCAUGGGCACCGCCAGCAGCUGGGCCGACCCCGAGGCCUUCCGCAAGACGAUGAAUGUCAACUUUUUCGGCGUGGUCAACGGGCUCGCGGCGCUGCUGCCGAUGGUCAAGAAGAGCGGCAGUGAUGGCGGCAAGGCCGCGGUGGUGAUUACGGGGUCGAAGCAGGGCAUCACGAACCCGCCGGGCAACCCGGCGUACAACGCCAGCAAGGCGGCGGUCAAGAGCCUGGCGGAGCAGCUCGACUUUGACCUGCGCGGCGACGCCGGCGUGUCGACGUACCUGCUCGUCCCUGGCUGGACGCACACGUCCAUGACGUCCAGGGCCGGGGCCGAAAAGGCGCCUGGCGCGUGGCACCCGGAGCAGGUGGUGGACUUUUUGCUGGGCAAGAUGGAUCAGGGCAGCUUCUACGUCAUAUGCCCGGAUAACGAUGUCGACGAGGUCACAGACAAGAAGAGGAUGCUAUGGGCUGCUGGGGAUGUCGUUGAGGGUAGACCGCCCUUGACCAGAUGGAGGGAUGAGUGGAAGGACAAGGCGAACGACUGGAUGAGCAAGCAAAAUCUGUGAUUGCUGCGCUGCAUGCAUGCAUUUGUUAUGACGGAGGACCUCUACAGGGAGCACAGACCUAAAAGUAACUCAUUCACUCUGCAUGAGACGGCGUUAAUUCAAAUGCAUCCACCUAGUUUCUGUUGGCUGAGAUAGACUUAAAAAUAAGGCUCUGUUCUGUAGCACACCAGAUACAAUGUAUGGGGUGACUGACUGCAUCAAGGGUCAGAGUGGGGUCAUUUCUUUUUUGCGGAUUGGUCUGUGCUGCUGGAAUUUUUCCUUUCCCAUGUUACCUACCUCUUUACAGCUCGGCGCGCAGUAUAUGCGGGCGUCAACUUCACGUCCUCAAUAAAAUUUGAUUCUUCUUUCUAGCAUUUUUCCCACACUCCUUAUUGAAUUUCCUGUUUUCUUGUUUUCUUCUUUUUCUGUUUUUGUGAAAUGGCUUGUAGCUGCCGCACUGCUGCUUUGCGUAUAUUCGUGAGAGGAUUUACUCAACUGCACAUCGCCGAAAAGGGCUCUGGUGCAGUCGCAUCAUCUGUUUGGCAGCGGCCAAGAGCAGUUACAGCUCCACGGGUUACAUACCGAAACCUGCACUAUACUACAGCAUGCCGUAAUGACGCCGCCCAGACAUCCCCAACACCGGAGAAUACGCCAGGCCCCGAACAAGGCCAGCAAGAUGUGGACACCACUGGUAGUGCGGCCGUCUUAGAGUCUGAUUCGGUUGUGGAACUGACGCCCGAAGCUAUCGAUGCGCUUGCCUCCAAGAUUUCAGCCUCUCAAGAUCUCUCAGACCGACAGCCCUACCAGAGCGAGCAUGUAGCGAAAGCGCCCAAAAAGGCCAGAACUGUUACAUCUGCUCCGACAGAACCUGAAGCCCGACUACCCCGAAAGGUCAGGAGACUGUUGCAGUUCGGCCCCGGUGACACGCCGCCGUCGAAAGAGGAGACCCCGCUGGAGAGAAAGAAUAGAAGACUGGAAAGUGCGAAUGCCAAGGACAAGAAAGACCCGAAGAGUGACAAGCUAAAGGGGAGAGAGGCGGAUCGCAAGAAGCGGACAAGAGACUCGGCCGAAGAACCAAAGCCCAAGAAGGAAUCUUGGAUGAUACAAAAGAACGCGCUGGAGAAGAAAUUUGGUGAUCAAGGUUGGAAGCCGCAGAAGAAGUUGUCACCAGACGCCAUUCAAGGAAUCCGGGCACUUCAUCAACAGUUCCCGGACGUCUACACCACCCCGGCGCUCGCGGAACGUUUCGAGAUGUCACCUGAGGCUAUCCGACGCAUACUCAAGUCCAACUGGACGCCUUCAGCAAAGGAAGAGGAAGACAGGCAGCAGCGCUGGUUCAAGCGGGGCAAGCAAAUCUGGGAGCAGAAGGCUCAGCAAGGUGCCAAGCCGCCCAAGAAGUGGCGCGAAGAGGGCGUCAAGACAAACUGGGAUGCCAAGCGCGAGUUUGUCAGGAGGAAGAUGGAGCUUCGCAGGAGGGAUAUGGAAGAGGAAGACCUUCCGGCUUCCAAGAGGUUCAACGACCGGUCUCGGCAGUACAGAUCUUAUAAUGGCAAAAAAUUUGCCGACCAGCCAUCCCAGGCCCGGCGUCGUAGUGGCGGACCGAGGAGACUUGGAGGUGUCGGAGGAAGCGGUAGGAGGGAGGACUGAAGAGUAGUCCACGGGAUCGUCCGACCCUCACGUCUGUUGUUGUAACAAAAGGUCUGCUAAUGAGGCCCUGUAUAUUCUAUGUAACAUAUCGAUGUAUCACCAACCGUGGCUGCCAGUCCAUAGGCAGUUCUCUCAUCUACGAAGACAGCUAAUUGAUA